UUUAGAUUUGGAUGUGCGGUGGUAGAAUGGCUAAUAUUCCGUGUUCCCGUGUUGGCCAUGUGUACAGACGAAAUGUCCCUUAUACUUACCCAAAACCUAACGCGGUUUCAAUUAACUUUCGCCGAGUCGCCGAAGUAUGGAUGGACGAAUAUAAAUUUUGGCUCUAUGACCGUCGUCCAAGUUUAAAACUCGUGAAAGAGUUUGGGGAUAUUUCUCAAAGAAUUGCUCUUCGAAAGGAGCUGAAAUGCAAGACCUUCAAAUGGUACUUAGAAAAUGUUGCGAAUGAUACCGUGUCUCUAGACUAUGGCUUGUCAAGGAGCUAUUCCCAGGUGAGAUAUUUAGUUCUAAUAGUCUAACGAAAUCAUUUGCCAGACUGCUUGGUGCAUGAUAUGCAGGGCAUAUUUAGUGACUGUGAUACGUUAAGUCACCCCUGAAAAUGUGCCACUCUUUGAAUAAAAUGCCUGAACGAAUAAAAUGUCCUAAUGAAUAUCAUGCUCGUUCUUCAACCACCCACAUGAAAAUUUUAUAUUUAUGAUCCAAUCGCAAUCAUCUGUCAAUUUCACAUAACUGAACAACAACAAUCUAACUAGAAGAAAUACAUGCAUGAAUCAACCCCUCGCCUUUGUUUCUAAACAUUUUAACAUGAAAUAUUCUAAAUUUCGCCACCAAUGACCCGCAGGCUCGUGUUGCUCGCGUCAUGUUAGCAAUGCCAACUUAAUUAAUAAAUUACAGUCGUGCAAUAGAAGCGUUCCGAAAAAUGUUGAUCAAUUCAUUUCCUAUAACUUCGAGGAAUUCCUCUGAACAAUUCCUCAACAAUUUGAUAAGUUCCUUAAAAAGUUCCUAACUUUCUGUUUCAUUGACCAAUCAGAUUGCUCAAAAAUAAAAUAUAAAAUCUGAUUGGUCAAUGACACAGGAAGUUAGGAACUUUUUAAGAAACUUAUCAAAUUGUUGAGGAAUUGUUCAGAGGAACUCCUCGAAGUUAGGAAAUGAAUUGAUCAACAUUUUUCGGAACGCUUCUAUUGGCACGACCGUAAAGGCCGAAGAGAAUUAAAACUGGAAUUAAAACUGGUUGGGAAAAAUUCUAAAACGAACUUGAAAUGAAGAACACGAAGCGGAAUUGAUCCCAUGCUUUGAACUACUAACAAGCUCGCUGAAACUCAUCGCGAAAUAACCGGCCUUUUUAUAUUGCUAAGAUAUAUUAUGAGCUGUUUUUUUGUUUAUUCUGAAUACUAAUGACUGCCAGGCAUCUAGAUGCAGCGUUUUCAUUUUUUGUGCAAACCGCCAAAAAAUAUUAAUGAAGUUUAACUUUUCUAUAUAUCGAACUAGUAAUUUCUAAAAUAUAUAUAGUGGGAACGUUAUGGUAGAAGGAUAUAUAUUUGUUACUUCUCAAAUGUCGCUCGAAGCUAGCCACCACACUUCGAAGUGAUGUUGGCUCAUAUUCGUUGCCGUCUUUUGUGUGAACUGACAAAAUAAACUGGCUGAAGUUUAAUGAACAUUUCGUGAAGUGUUUAAGUUUGAAUUUUAUCUUAAAUUCAAGCUUGUUGAUGAAAAAACGGAGCUAAUUUUAAUAUAAAUUUUAGAAAUUAAUAGUUAAAAGUGUUAAACUAUAUUCAUUUCUCGCCGUUUUACACAAAAAAUGGAGAAGAAACAAUGCUCGUGUAUUCGUGUUGCCAUCAUGCCAUGGCUAACAUGACGCGAGCAAUACGAGCAUGCAUAUGUUCAGUGUUGGCGUAAUUUAGAAUUCUUAAUGUUAAAAAAGUGUUCAGGAAAGUAAAGACGAGGAGUUGAUGCAUACGUGCAUGCAUGUUAAAGGCAUUGGCAACCAAAAUUUUUAUUACUUAUAUCUAUUAGGUAUACUUACGGAAUAUUUAAUUUCAUAUUUUGGCCGGUUUGUCGCGUUUAGUUGUUGAGAAAAUUUAAUAAAAAGUUCAACAGUUGUCCGCCAUUUUGAAAAUAAACAUGUAUGCUAAUUUAUGCAUUAUUCGACGUCAUUGGGUGGGUAAACACAAUUUCAUGACCAUAAACAAUACCGAGUAUUACCACGCGUAGUGCACUUUGAGCCAAAACAAAAGGCAGAAACUUUUUAGCAAGUAUGUAACUUGUUUGUAACACUAUUUCCCAUAAUAUAUAUAUCCUACUACGUGUUAAAUAAACGCAGAAAUUUGAGUGUAACAAGGCAAAUACUAAUGCAAUAUUUUAUGAUCAAUUACCGGAAUUGUAAAUUGCACCAUUCCUUGCUUUCCCAGUCGCUCGAUAUGUUUUUAUCUCAUAGUAUAUAGACUUCUCGUGUUUAAUUGCGAAGAGUGUUGGCCAGUAUAACGCUCAAAUUUUUAGCUAACACAACACGCACGCGAUAGAGUUCUCUCUUGUAGUUUUGGUGCUACCCAUCUAAUGACGUCACAAAGUUCAUUGACCUUGGAGAUAAUUUUUCAAAAAUAUUUUCCAAGAUGGCGGCGAAACACAAAGUUUACAAGCAUUUUACUCGUAGACUAAAAUAUUCGAGAAGGAAAUGAUAAUAUUGUCAUAGUUAGGUCGUCAAGUAGGAUUGAAAUAGCCAAUAAAAAUUUUCGUUGUCAUUGUCCUUUAAACGAUCAAAAGACAGAUUGAAUUUCUGAUAGACCAGUCGGAGUUUGGCUUUUUACAUGCGGUUUUAGACAGGGAUUUGUGUCUGGUCCUCUUUCUCCUUGCAUCCAUCCGCAUUUAGGGAAGGCAAAGCAGGAUUGCUAACUAAUAAAUACGUUAUUUGAUUGACUUAUUUUAUGUAAUUUACUAACAAUUGAUGAGUGAAGCUCUGGUGUUGUGGAAUUGUGUUUGAGGAAAUUCGGAUAUUACAAAUUUAUCAUUUUAAAUUGAGAGCAUCCACAGCGUACUGAUCAAAUGCUUUUUUAACACAGGUACGCAAUCCAGAAACUAAUCUGUGUCUAGAUACGAUGGGCAGAAUUUCUGGGGAGUUAUUGGGUGCCUCGUACUGCCAUGGGCUUCUUGGAAAUCAGGUA